UUCGGUUUUGCCGCCGGCCGGGAGGAGGAGGCGUGGCCUCCGGCGCGCUGGCCCAAUAGAAGCCGCGCGCGUGAUCCGGUGCAGCCAAUCCGAGCGGGCGCGGGCGGUUUCCGUGGUGACGGCGCCGCCGCCUUGCUUCCGGGCUGAAGGAGAGCCGCAGGAUGGCCGCGGCCGGGGAUUGCCUCAGCCUCUGGCGGGAAGAGAACGACGGGCUGGUGGCAAAGUCUUCAGGCCUAGACGGCUCUGUGAAGAAAACAGCCCAAGAAUGUCAACUGGCCUUCACCAAACUGCUGCAGAAAAUCCAAGGGCUUCCGGCGGCCCUUCCAGCACUGACCUUGGAGCUGACCGUCCUCUACAACACCUUACUGUUUGACAUCCAGCAGUCCAGCCAUUCUGGGGAGAAGCUGUUGGCAGGAAUAGACUGUGGGCUCCGCAGGGUUCUGGAGGCUUGCGGUGCGUCUGACCUGCAACUCUCCUUGGAAGAUCGUUGGCACAGAGUAUUAGAGGAGAGGUUCCCUGAUGGGCUUAGGAGUUCUCUACACCAACUGGCUGCCCUGCAGGGGGCACUUUGGCUGGCAGCAAAACACCUGGAGAAGGCAGAAGACCUCUUCCAGCUGCUGAGUGCCGGCAUGAGUCCAGGGCCUUCUCUUUCCCGUGGUUGCCAGAAUCGGCUCCUUUCACUGCUCCAGGUAUGGCAUCCGCCUGACGAGGGGCCAUCUGCUCCCCUUACAGUGCAAAGUGUCAGAGACUUGAAAAGUCUUCUGUGGACAUUGGCGGCUCUUCUGCAAGGUGUUCAGGAACUGGAAGCUGACGAUGCCCCGGCUGAUCUUGCUCUCCUCCAAGCUGCUACGACUGGGCUGUGUUCCAGGCGACUCCUUGCCCAGAUCUUCACCUUAAUGGGACGCUACAGCCUAAAACUGGGGAAGCCACAGGUGGCCCUGCAGCACCUCAGACAAGCCCUCCAGGUGGAUUUCACCUUCCUCCCUGCCUUGCACCAAGCGUCCCUCUUGUACCGCCAGCUGGGGCUCCUGGACGCCGAGCUGGAGGCCCUGGAAUUGCUUGACCAGGCCCUGGAGGACCCUGCGCAGGUGACCACAGAGUCCCCCGCCCCCCAUUUCCCCAUCCAAACCGAGCUCUUCCUCCGUGUGCCACCACUGACUGCUCUCUUUGCCCCUACUCUUUGUCCGUCAGAAGUAAAAUACCUGCUGGCCCAAAGGUGUCUCCAGGCAGGGAGGGUGAGCGAAGCCACGGAACACUACCUGGACUUGCUGGCCCUGUUGCAGGAAUGGCCUCUUCGCCAGUGUGGGAAGCCAGCCUUGCCCAGGAUACCCGAGGUGUUUUUAGAGGCUGCCUCUGCCCUGGUGGACCUUGCUAGGCUGGAGGAGGCCGUUGCGGUGUGCGAGGAGGUGGUUGCCAGGACCAGCGAGCUGGUCCCCAAGACGCUGUGCAUCGAAGUGGCCUUGGGCGCAGAAGAAGGAUCCUCCCUGGCAAACCCUCACACCCUCCUCCAGAAGCAGAAAAGGGAGAGCCUGCGCUGUGUCCUUUGGCGAGCAGCUGCCUACCUCAUUCAGGGCUGGGCCUGGGCCAGGCGGGGAGAAGCCAAGGAAGCGAUCAGCUACUUGAGCAGGUGUCUUAACGAUCUCCUAAGAGUCCAUUUUGUGAACACAGCAGGCAGCACUGAAGCAGAAAUGGAGCGUGUGUGGGUGUCAGAAGGAAAGGUGCUUCCCCAGGUCAGGCAGCUGGCCCUGACAGGACGAGGAAUGCAGUUCCUGGAGCUGGGCCAGGACAAAGAGGCCUUGAGAGACUUCCAGCACAGCUUGCUCGUCUGCCCAGAGAGUCCCACUGCUCACUUGUACUUCCUGCACACCCUCUGGAAAGUCGGACGAAGGCAAGAAGCAGCUGAGCACUGGCAGAAGGUCCACCUGAACCCUGUCCUACUGGAGGAAAAUCCAGAAAGGUCCUUACCAUUAUACCUGCUGCUGUAUGAGAAACAAAUGAAGUUUCCUCACGUGGAAUCUCUCGCCAGCAGACUAGAAAGCUUUACUGAGGAACUCUAGAGCUGCUGCUGUUUGCCUGCCCUGGCCAGAUUUCCUUUCAAGGAGCCAGAUGGCCCUGAGAAAGCUUUUACCUGGGGACUGAGGGGGUGACAGAAGUGAUCCUUGCCCUGUUGAAAAGGAAAAUCACCCUGUUGUGGAAGGUCUGGUGAACUUCUGGUCCUCCUUUUCCUUGUUAUCAUUGCCUUCUCAUAUGUUGAUGUUUAUGGAAUGAGGGCCAAGUAUAUUUUGUUCCUUCUCAUCCUACAUGGAGAAAUUGUUUCGGGGAAUAAUUUAGGCAGUAUCAGAACUGCUGGAGUAAAAACUUAAAAAGAG